AAGAGCAGGAGCACACGUUUGUGUUCCGCAUGGACCAUCCGAAGGCUUGCAAGCAUCUGUGGAAGUGUGCUGUAGAGCACCAUGCUUUCUUCCGCCUGCGGGGCCCCGUCCAGAACAGCUCGGCUCGCUCUGGGUUUAUCCGCAUGGGCUCUCGUUUCAGAUACAGUGGGAAGACAGAAUAUCAGACCACUAAGGCCAACAAAGCCAGAAGAUCUGCCUCGUUUGAAAGGAGACCAAGCCGACGUUACUCUAGGAGAACCAUGCAGAACAGAGGCCACAUCAAGCCUUCAGACAGUCACAAUAAUGGAAUGAGCCCAGGCUUAGAAACAAAGCCUGCUCGCACACGGCCUCCCUGGUCUGGUAUGCCUGUGGUCAGCAGCCCACCCUCUGUUUCAAGCCCUGUGGAAAUCGAAACCCUCCCCAGGAGUCCCGGUGGCAGCCAAUCGGACAAGAGGAGUCUGAUGUUCUGAAACCCAGUGGCCUUUUCAUAAGGCAAGGCCUCACCCCCCUCCCCAAUCACACCGCUCACACCAGCGUGACCGCCAGGCACCUCCCUGCACUUCAUCUCAGACACGGACGCUGCCACAAUCCCUCCACCCUCGCAUUCCUUUGAUACGAACUCAGCGUCAGGAUGAAAGGCACGUUCUCUGGCUGAUCUCAAGUGAAACUACCUGGUCUGAAGUCUUCCUCUCAUUUCAAGCACAGAUACUGCACAGUCAUGCAUCCCUCCCCACCGAGAACGAAACCAGCCGGUGAUGAGAUAAUCCGCCUGUUCACAGGAGAAACGGUGGAAAGUGCCUUUCACUAAGACUUGUCUGUUAACCAACCCAGCUCUGUUACAAAGGAAAUAUCCUGCUGACAUUUUAGCCUUUUUAUUUGUCAUUUAAUGAGACCUUGAUUAUUUUAAUCAACUUGAUUUGUUUGUUUAAUAUAUAAAGCACAAUUAACAGCCACAGUUAUUAUCAUUGAGACACUUCCCGCAAAUACAAAAGUACGUAGGACUCUAAGCUCUACAAACAAAUGAAAAUGAUUGUUCUUUUUCAACAGUGUCAGUGAAUGAAGAUGCUUUACAAUUAGAAUAUAUUUAUAUACAAUUUUAUUUACAAAUAUUGGUUCUAAAGAGGAAAAUUGCUUUUACUGCUCUUAAAGUGUUGGGAAUCUACCCUUUGCAUAAAAAGUGUCAUUAAGAAUGUAUUGUUUCAAUAUUGCUAUGUGUAAUCAAAGUGGUCUGAAAAUUUACACAAUGUUCAAGUAUUGGCCUUUAUGAUCAGUGAGUUCUCACUAAGGUGAUUUUUUUUACCGUUUUAAACCAGUUUUUAACAAUAUGCAUUGCCGCUGUACUAUUAUACACUGACAUGAACAAAGAAUGGCUGUGUUACAUGGCUUGAAGAUGUGUUUUUAAAUCCAUCAGGUGAGAGUAACUCUCCAGUAUUUUUUUCCUUUUAGCUUUGAGACGUUCAUGUACUCUUCGUAUGAUACUAUUUUAUUUUUCUGUAAAUUAUAAUGUCUUGGAAAGUACUUAAAGGGAUAGUUCACCCAAAAAUGAAAAUGCUGUCAUCAUUUACUCACCCUCUUGU